AGAUUUAAGUGUUCUCGCUCUGGAGCAGUUCAAGUUCAGGAACACUGUGAACCUAGAAGGUUGUUGUUGCCUCCCUAAGCCUGCUUCACAGGUGUGCAGCGGGGACAGAAAUAGCAUCUAUGAUGAAGGCUGUCGUGAGGAGGAAUCAGGUAGCACACGUUUGAGCCCCGAGCAGGUGCUCCAAAAAGGAGGCCGAUGCCCUCCUCUUUGACAGUCACUGGUUUACCUGGCGGAUGGAUGGCUGGUGUCUCGAGCGUUGGCCUGUGGUCAUUCACUGCUUCCUUUUCCAUGAGAUCCUGGCCUUCAGAGUCCUGAGAGACCGAUAGAAGUGGAGUCUGGGACGCAAACACGCAGCGCUCAGCGGAGGCUCAGCUCAGGAGCCAGGCUUCGCCGUGGGACGUGGGGUCAACCAGUCAACGGAGUGUAAGCUGCAGGAUUUCGCAGCCUCUGCGGCUGCAGCUGGCAGUCAGUUUGCUAUCUUUGAUUUAUCUGGAUUACAAAAAGAAGUUUUCAAAUAGAUCUCUUUGGAAGAGGCCUCAAGAUGACUGAGAGUUGACACGGUGCCUCCUGGCUGUCCCCUCUUGCUCUGUGAGUGAGCUCUAACUCAAGAGAAUUAGGACCUCAGCCUGGGUGACUCGCUUCCUCGCCAAGCAAUUUGGCGGUCAUCUUCCUGCCUUGCACCUGUGCCUGAAGCCGGCACCUCGGGGUAAAAGAUUAUUUCUAACUGGCUGGCAUCCAGGUGUAUCAUGCUUAGACAGCAACUUGAUUUCAAACCGGCCUGCUGCAGAGAAGCCCACACGAGACCUUGACCCUGGCCGCUGCCGCCGAAGUAAGUCUGAUCAAAGUGAUGAGGGUGCUGGCCCAGUCAUGCCCACCGUGGAUGAUGUGCUGGAGCAGGUUGGGGAGUUUGGUUGGUUCCAGAAGCAAGCCUUCCUGAGCCUGUGCCUGCUCUCAGCCGCCUUCGCCCCCAUCUACAUGGGCAUCGUCUUCCUGGCCUUCACCCCGGACCACCGCUGCCUGAGCCCCGGCGUGGCCGAGCUGAGCCGGCGGUGCGGAUGGAGCCUGGACGAGGAGCUGAACCUCACGGCGCCGGGCCCGGGGCCGGCGGGCGAGGCCUUCCCCCGCCAGUGCCGCAGCUACCAGGUGGACUGGAACCAGAGCGCCCUGGGCUGCGUGGACCCGCUGGCCAGCCUGGCCUCCAACAGGAGCCACCUGCCGCUGGGCCCCUGUCAGCACGGCUGGGUGUACGACACGCCGGGUUCCUCCAUCGUCACCGAGUUUAACCUGGUCUGUGAGAACUCAUGGAAGGUGGACCUCCUUCAGUCCUGCGUGAACGUGGGCUUCUUCCUGGGCUCUCUGGGCGUCGGCUACAUUGCAGACAGGUUCGGCCGGAAGUUAUGUCUCCUGGCCACCACCCUCGUCAGCACCAUCUCAGGCAUCCUCAUGGCCGUCGCACCUGACUACACAUCCCUGCUGUUCUUCCGCCUGAUGCAGGGCCUGGUCAGCAAGGGCAGCUGGACCGCGGGCUACACCCUGAUCACAGAGUUUGUGGGCCUGGGCUACAGAAGAACGGUGGCGAUCCUCUACCAGACGGCCUUCACAGUGGGUCUCGUGCUGUUCUGUGGGCUGGCCUACGCCAUCCCCCACUGGCGGGGGCUGCAGCUGGCUGUCUCUGUACCCACCCUCCUCUUCCUGUUCUACUACUGGUGUGUGCCCGAGUCACCCCGAUGGCUGUUAUCGCAACAGAGAAACACUCAAGCAAUAAGAAUAAUGGACCACAUCGCCCAAAAGAAUGGCAAACUGCCUCCUGCUGAUCUAAAGAUGCUCUCUCUCGAAGAGGAUGUCACCGAAAAGCUGAGCCCUUCAUUUACAGACCUGGUCCGCACACCACACCUGAGGAAGCACACCUGCAUCCUGAUGUAUCUGUGGUUCACCAGCUCCGUGCUCUAUCAAGGCCUCAUCCUGCACAUGGGUGCCACGGGCGGGAACCUCUACCUGGAUUUCUUAAUCACCAUCGUGUUCCAGAUGGUGUGUUUGGUGAAUGCUGAGCUGUAUCCUACGUUCGUCAGGAACCUUGGAGUGAUGGUAUGCUCCUCUCUGUGUGAUUUGGGGGGCGUUAUCACCCCCUUCCUGGUCUUCAGGCUGGUGGAGGUUUGGAAAGGCUUGCCACUCAUUCUGUUUGCCAUGUUGAGCCUGGUUGCCGGGGGAAUGACGUUGCUCCUUCCAGAGACCAAGGGGGCUGUGUUGCCAGAGACCAUUGAGGACGCAGAGAACCUGGGGAGGAAAGCAAAGCCCAAAGAAAAGAAGAUUUACCUUCAGGUCCAGACAUCAGAACUGCAGGCGCCAGAGAGAGACGCUUCCCAGGGGGCCAAGGGGCAGAGAUAAGAUGGAGUUUCUCAUGCUCAGAAGCCCUUACUUUGCUAUACUCUUCCUUGUACUUGCCAGCCCCCAAAUCAAUAUGAAUCCUGAAGAACACCAAAUAUACUUUGUUUAUUUUGUUUUCUUUCUUUUAAGCCUCCCAAAGCCCUGGUUAUCUUUCUAAUGAGAGCUGUUAGUGGUUACCAGGUACUUAAUUUUCUAAAGUGUUUUAAAGAUCCAAUAGAAUUUAAAUAUUGCUAUCAAGAGGCCCCUGUGACUAGUUUCCUAAAAUAGUACUGAUUUAUUCACUCCCUGAAAGAAAAUGUCUUUGUGUUUGUAGAUAUCUAUGUUGGCAAAAGCAUUUCAACAUGCAGA